AUGAAGGACAGCAGCAAUACCUGCGACGAAAAGCCUGGCAUGGCCAAGCACGAGGUCAAAGAUGAUUCUGGAAACUCCAGAGCCAAAUUUACCGACGAGUUCUUCCAAGCUAUGGCAAAGAAGGCUCAGCCCUUUCUCGUUGACACAACCAAUGAGCCGGGCCCGGGAGAAGUAAUCCUCAGGGCUGGAGGCAGAGUUCUCUCUGCCGACGAGAACGUUUUGACGUCAGCGUCCACCUAUUUCAAGAAGCUUUUGAGCGGCCCUUGCGAAGAGAAGUCUCAGCCGAAGAUUAUCGACUUCAAAGACGACAUCGACCCUUUCUUUUUGGGAGUUUAUCUGCACCUGGCGUACGUCCAGAGUAUGGGAGAAACAACGCGUCUCCCCAAAUGUGGUACUCCCACAGAUUGCCGCUGGUUGACCGGUUACGUCAAAGUCUACCAGCUCUCCGCGAAGUUCGACAAUAGCGAGUUGGAGAUCACUAUCUACAACGACCUUGUGGCUUGGCUCACGACAAACGAUGACUUGAAGUGGUCUGAAGAGGACAUCAGCAACAGCGAGCUGAUGAGUUUCUGGCUGCCAAUGAAGAGAUACGCCGACUUCACAUACAGGAUCAAGAACGAACGCGAGUUUGUGCUUGCCGUGGCGGAGAAUCUUGCGCAAAUGGUUGCCGACCAGCAGACAUCUACGCCCGAGCAGCCCAAGCCCAGCGACGCGGGUGGACUGUUCGGCCACGUCUGUGACUCGGCUUGGGAGGCCUACCUCGAAGACCUCAAGGAGGUCUCCCAGACCAUGGCGACGAAUAUUCUGUCUGAGCCGCGCCUGAGCCUGGAGCACAAGGCAAGCAUGAGCCUUCUCCUUGCCAGAUCUUCCCAGGGUCUGUCCAGAGAUCCACACGAAUACAUCGCCCAUGCCAUAGAGGCAGUCUCCCUCUACCAGCAGAUUCGAGAGAGCCAGGAUGCGGCUGAAGCCAACCAACGAAACUGCACUCGAAGCAACUUGCUGCUGGCCAUCGAUGUGCUCAACAGCGCGCUUGAAGCGCAGGGAAAGGAUGAUGAACGUCGUGCUGACAAUGCCACCGCAAACGCCGGAAAGAGGACGGGAAAGCCUCACGCGGAACGAAUCGAAACUAUAUGCGACGCCGAGUCGAGAACCACCCAUCAGGCUUUCAACCCGCAAGAACAAGGCUUAUUGGACUGA